UGGCUAUCACAACAGCAAGAUACCACAAUGUUUGUGCAGUUACACAUGUGACCAAUAGACGGCGUAAAAGCACACGAACAGAAGAAGACAACAAUACAGUCUGUAGCGUUAGCUGCUAUCAACAUUUUCACGGCUGUUUAGGGAAAUACUAACAGGGACGCUGGAAUUUUCUGACACCCACUCGGACAUGUCCUAUGUCUUCAUCAACGAUUCGUCGCAGAUUAACGUGCCUCUGCUGCAGUCCUGCAUCGAUGGAGACCUCCCCUUUGCAAAGAGGCUCCUGGAGACCGGAUGUGACCCCAACAUCCGCGACAACCGGGGUCGCACCGGUCUGCACUUAGCUGCGGCGCGGGGCAACGUGGACAUCUGUCGCCUGCUGCAUAAAUUCGGGGCGGAUUUGUUAGCGACGGAUUACCAAGGCAACACGGCGCUGCACCUGUGCGGACAUGUGGAUACCAUCCAGUUCUUGGUGUCCAAUGGGCUAAAGAUCGAUAUUUGUAAUCACAACGGCUCGACACCCCUGGUGCUGGCCAAGAGACGCGGCGUGAACAAGGAUGCCAUCCGACUGCUGGAGGGCCUGGAGGAGCAGGAAGUGAAAGGCUUCAACCGAGGGACGCACUCCAAACUAGAAACCAUGCAGAUGGCUGACAGCGAGAGCGCCAUGGAGAGCCACUCUUUGCUUAACCCCAACCUUCAGAGCAGUGAAGGCGUCCUGUCCAGCUUCCGUACCACUUGGCAGGAGUUUGUGGAAGACCUGGGCUUCUGGAGGGUCCUACUCCUGUUGGUUGUCAUCGCCCUCCUUUCCUUGGGCAUCGCCUACUAUGUCAGCGGCGUGCUGCCUUUCUCCAGCAGCCAACUAGAGCUCGUACACUAAGCCAAUGCUUGACUAAACCAUUUUUUUUUGCCAGUAAAUCCGCUUCUCGAUUUUCAAGCAGCGAAAAUAAAAAGUAUUUAUCGCCGACUUACCCCCGUAAAAUCGGUCGUUCUCUAGUUGUUUUUGUUACAUCUAACAAUGACUAAGAUUAUUUCCUUGCGCAGUAGGUCCAAAUAUAAGAGUAUUUGGUAAAUACAGAUAUCCCUCAAAAACUGCUGUACAUGCACAUGCGAUGAGCAUAAAAACAACAUUAUAGUAGCAUAUUUUCCAGACGAUAAAUCACACCUAUUUCAUAGUUUGGCUGGGCCUGCAACUCUUAUGUUGAUAUGUAAGGACUUUUCACACUAGCGUCAGCCCAUUGUGAAGAGCGUGAACUACAUUUUCACUCAAACGCACAUCGAGGUACAGUUAACCUUAGCAAGAAGUCAUUUUUCAAGCAAUCCAGAGCUCGCGAAACUUUAAAAAACGCAUUUAUCAAGGUUUCGUCGGCUGUGGUUUAUGUGUAUCCGUCUGCCGAAACAACUUGAUAGCACAGAUAUACCAUAAUUUUCGCCGCUACAUUUUUCCUUCCAUUUUGAAUCCUGCGUCUUACAGUCCAAUGCGGCCUAUUUGUUGAUUUGUUUGGGUUAAGAGGUAACACUUUAUAUGACAGAGGCAUCAUAAGACUGUCCUAAGACCGCUAUAAUUGUGACAUGACACUAUCUUGGGCAUGUCAUAAUGAUGAUUGUCUAAUGACAGAUACCAUAACUAGCAAUUAAUAAAACAGUAACUGAAGAAAUAAUUAGCACAGAACAUGGAUUUUGAUUAUUUAUAUCUGUAGCGCAGCAAUGCAUGCUAGGAGGCAUGUUGGACAAAAACAGUGGUGGUAGCAGGUGGCAGCGCAGGUUCACUGUCUCCCCCAAGGGAGCAGUGAUGGCCAAAUGAAGCUUAUUGAAGCAAUUAAGCUUUGCGGCCAAUUGGUUCAAAGCUUCAUGGUGGUUCAUUUGGUCUUAUGACAGUCUUAUGGCGCCACUGUCAAAUACAGCGUUACCAAAAACCAUAAAUAGCAAUUAAUGAAACAUCUGGAUCAGUAACUGAAGAAAUAGUUCGACCACAACAUGAAUUUUGAUUGUUAUUUACAUGUGUAGCGCUGCAAUGCAUGCUAGGAGGCAUGUUAGACCAGUGUUUUUCAACCACUGUGCCGCGGCACACCACUGUGCCGUGGCGUUGUGUCUGGUGUGCCGUGGAAAAUCAUCCACUUUCACCUAAUUGAUGUCAAAAUGUUUGUCCAAUGGUCGGUGAUCAUGCAAUACUCUUAUCAGUAGGUGUCAAUAGUUAACUAAAUACUUUAUUUAGUGCUGUGUAAGAGGUUCGAGUGGAACUAGUGGCACCGAGCAGGCAGCUAGCUAGUGGCGGCCAGCUAGCUAGCGUGCCUAGCUACUGGCAGCCGGCUAGCGGCGGCCGGCUAGCAGUGUCCAGCUGGCGGCGGCUAGCUAGCAAGUUACAGUGGCCAGCUGGCUAGUGGCGGCCAGCCAGCAGCGUCCAACUAGCGGUGUCUGGCUAGCGGCGGCCAGCUAGCUAGCAGCGGCGUUCAGCCAGCGGCAUCCGGCUAGCAGCGGCCAAGCCAGCUAGCGGUCAGCCAGCAAGCGGUGGUCGUCAGCCAGCUAGCAGCGGUGGUCAGCUAGCUAAAGGUGGUGGCUAGCUUGCUAGUGGUGGCGAGCCAGCAGCGUCCGACUAGUGGUGUCUGGCUAGCGGCAGCCAAGCCAGCUAGUGGCAGCCAGCUAGCUAGCGGUGUCAAGCUACCGGCGGCCGGUUAGCGGCAGCUAGCUAGCUAGCGACCAGAUAGCUAGUUAAAGUGGUCAGCUGGCUAGUGGCGGCCAGCCAGCAGCGUCCGACUAGUGGUGUCUGGCUAGCAGCGGCCAAGCCAGCGAGUGGCAGCCAGCUAACUAGCGGUGUCCAGCUAGCGGCAGCUGGCUAGCGGUAGCUAGCUAGCUAGCGACCAGAUAGCUAGUUGAAGUGGUCAGCUGGCUAGUGGCGGCCAGCCAGCAGCGUCCGACUAGUGGUGUCUGGCUAGCAGCGGCCAGCUAACUAGCAGCGGCUAGUGGCUUCCGGCUAGCAGCGGCCAAGCCAGCUAGCGGUCAGCCAGCAAGCGGUGGUCGUCAGCCAGCUAGCGGCGGCGGUCAGCUAGCUAAAUGUGGUGGCUAGCUGGCUAGUGGCGGCCAGCCAGCAGCGUCCGACUAGUGGCGUCUGGCUAGCGGCGGCCAAGCCAGUUUACAACGGCACUCAGCCAGAUAGCAGUGUCUGGCUAGUGGCAGCCAACCAGCAGCGUCCAACUAGUGGUGUCCGACUAGCGGCGGCCAGCUAGCUAGCAGCGGCAGCUAGCUAGUAGCGGCGUCCAGCCAGCGGCAUCCAGCUAGCAGCGGCCAAGCCAGCUAGCGGUCAGCCAGCAAGCGGUGGUCGUCAGCCAGCUAGCGGCGGCGGUCAGCUAGCUAAAGGUUGUGGCUAGCUUGCUAGUGGCGGCCAGCCAGCAGUGUCCGACUAGUGGUGUCUGGCUAGCGGCAGCCAAGCCAGCUAGUGGCAGCCAGCUAGCUAGCGGUGUCCAGCCCAGCUAGCGGCAGCCGGCUAGCGGCAGCUAGCUAGCGACCAGAUAGCUAGUUGAAGUGGUCAGCUGGCUAGUGGCGGCCAGCCAGCAGCGUCCGACUAGUGGUGUCUGGCUAGCAGCGGCCAGCUAACUAGCAGCGGCUAGUAGCUUCCGGCUAGCAGCGACCAAGCCAGCUAGUGGUCAGCCAGCAAGCGGUGGUCGUCAGCCAGGUAGCGGCGGCGGUCAGCUAGCUAAAUGUGGUGGCUAGCUGGCUAGUGGCGGCCAGCCAGCAGCGUCCGACUAGUGGCGUCUGGCUAGCGGCGGCCAAGCCAGUUUACAACGGCACUCAGCCAGAUAGCAGUGUCUGGCUAGUGGCAGCCAACCAGCAGCGUCCAACUAGUGGUGUCCGACUAGCGGCGGCCAGCUAGCUAGCAGCGGCAGCUAGCUAGUAGCGGCGUCCAGCCAGCGGCAUCCAGCUAGCAGCGGCCAAGCCAGCUAGCGGUCAGCCAGCAAGCGGUGGUCGUCAGCCAGCUAGCGGCGGCGGUCAGCUAGCUAAAGGUUGUGGCUAGCUUGCUAGUGGCGGCCAGCCAGCAGUGUCCGACUAGUGGUGUCUGGCUAGCGGCAGCCAAGCCAGCUAGUGGCAGCCAGCUAGCUAGCGGUGUCCAGCUAGCGGCAGCCGGCUAGCGGCAGCUAGCUAGCGACCAGAUAGCUAGUUGAAGUGGUCAGCUGGCUAGUGGCGGCCAGCCAGCAGCGUCCGACUAGUGGUGUCUGGCUAGCAGCGGCCAGCUAACUAGCAGCGGCUAGUAGCUUCCGGCUAGCAGCGACCAAGCCAGCUAGUGGUCAGCCAGCAAGCGGUGGUCGUCAGCCAGGUAGCGGCGGCGGUCAGCUAGCUAAAUGUGGUGGCUAGCUGGCUAGUGGCGGCCAGCCAGCAGCGUCCGACUAGUGGCGUCUGGCUAGCGGCGGCCAAGCCAGUUUACGACGGCGCUCAGCCAGAUAGCAGUGUCUGCCUAAUUAGUGGCGGCCAGCUAGCCAAUGGCCGCGGUCAGCUAGCUGCGGCAGUCAGCCAGCUAGCAGUGUCCAGCUAGCGCCGCCGUUCAGCUUGCUAGUGGCAGCCAGCUAGGUAGUGGCGGCGGUCAGCUAAUUAAAGGCGGCUGCGGUCAGCUAAUUAAAGGCAGCUGCGGCCAGUGAGGUAGCGGCGGCGGCUAGCGCCGACGGCCAGCUAGUAGUCUUCCAGCUAGCAGCUAGUUAUUGUUAAUAUAAUUGACAAUCAUUCUUCCAUUUUUUGAUGGUGGAGUGCCAUGUUUUUUUUUUUAUGAAAAAAGUGUGCCAUGGCUCAUAAAAGGUUGGAAAAACACUGUGAUAGACAACAAUAGUGUUGGCAGCAGAGGUUGAUGGUCUCCCCCAAGGGAGCAGUGAUGGCUGAAUGAAGCUUCUUGAAGCAAUGAAGCUUUGCAGAUAAUUUGUUCAAAGCUUCAUGGUGGUUCAUUUGGUCUUAUGACAGUCAUAGGAUGCCGCUGUCAAAUAGUGUUAUCUUCUGGUGUAAAUAUCCCAUAAUACAGUGGGAACAGCAGCGUUUUUAGUCCAGUGUGGUUUAUCUCUCAUUACAAUAAAUGGGUUACCUCGGAACUCUUCACACUAGGCUGCCGCUAGUUAGCAUUGAUAUGAAAUAACUUCCCUGUAGUCUUCUACAGUAUCGCUCAAUGAAACCGCAGCGUCUUCGAAGGUAUGAUGCACUUGUUCUGAGCUGUAAAUUGCUUGUGUUAUGUAUAUGUUUUUAAUUUAAUCACUCACCUCUUUAUGAAUUCUUCCUGUUAUUCCUGCUAGCAAAGAUGAAAAUGUUUGUGCGCUUUUGUGAAUGAGAACACUUCCUUGUGUUCCUAGAGACAUUCCUUGCUCAAGCAUGCAACUUUUGUCUUCUGUCCUACAGCUUAUCUAGACGUGUGUAUUUUGUUUUUAUAUUAUCAUUGAUAACUUUGUCGGUAUUGGACGCAGUGAAAUGGCAAGGAUGAAUAAAACUGGAUCAAUCGA